GCCCAGCCCCUUCUCGGCUCUGCCCAUACUUGAGGCCACCUGCUCGCUCGGCACCAUGAAGGUCCCCCUAGCUUCUUUGGCGGUCCUGGCUCUCUGCACCCAGGUCCUCUCAGGCCCGUAUGGUGCCAAUACUCCCACCUCCUGCUGCUUCUCCUACAGCUGGCAGAUUCCACGGAAAUUCAUAGUUGAUUACUUCGAGACCAGCAGCCUGUGCUCCCAACCGGGUGUCAUCUUCCUAACCAAGAAAGGCCGGCAGCUCUGUGCUGACCCCAAGGAGUCCUGGGUCCAGGAGUACACCGCUGACCUGGAUCUGAAAGCUUGAGUGGCUUGGAGGAUGAAGCACCGGUUGGUCUCCAUGGACUCUCUGAGAGCAGGAGUGUGCCUCAGAAAUACCCCUGCAACCUCCACAGUUCCCGUUCCUAUGGGCUGCUUGACAAACAACUACACUCAGAGACUCUUAACUUAAAUUUUAAUUUAUUUAAUACUAUUAAUUUUGUACUAUUUAUUUCUUUAUAGUUUAUUUUUAUUGUCACACUGUGUUGUGACUAUUUGCUCUGAAAGAUGUCAGGACAUGUCCCUUGUCACCUACCUCCUUAUUCCCUUUUGCUCACACUGUGCUUGGUGACAGUU